CUGCAGGUGCUAUCGCAAGUAAACGGAGGUGUUCGAAUUCGUAGGCAGGCCGGUUACGAUGGUUAUUCUAGCGUGGAGGAAGCUCACGGUGGUGCAGGUGUCAGCGGUGGCAUCACUUCCAGCUUCGGUGGUGGGGGCGGUGGAGCGGCACCUUCGCCGGUACCGGCUGGUGGUUGCUGCGGAUGCGGUGUAUCACCGCCUGGGCCACCUGGACCACCCGGUCCCGAUGGACAAGACGGCCACGAUGGUGAGCAAGGACCGCCUGGAAGGGAUGGACCGGAUGCACCACAAGAACCACCAAUACAACCUCACAUUGACUGGUGCUUUGACUGCCCGGAUGCGCCAGCUGGUCCACCAGGAAAUCCAGGACCGAAAGGACCGCCCGGCAAUAUUGGACCUCCGGGCAAGGAUGCAGACGGUGGAAACAGGGGUCCGCCAGGACCGCCUGGAAAUCCCGGACCGAAUGGUGCACCUGGUGCACCAGGGCUGAAAGGGCAGCCGGGUCGGCCUGGAAUUGUUGUCGAAAAGCCAGGACCGGAUGGGCCACCUGGGCCGGUGGGACCACCUGGCAAGCCUGGACCCGCAGGAGAACCCGGAGUGAAUGGAAAACCUGGGCAAGAUGGUCCACAGGGGCCGCCUGGCGAAAUGGGACAAAACGGAGCACCCGGAAAACCAGGCGCGGAUGGACCAGUUGGACCUCAGGGCGAACGUGGUGCUUCUGGCGAGUGCAGCCAUUGUCCACCACCACGAACGGCACCUGGAUACUAG